AUGAACUUCAUCCUUCUCUUGUUCCUUCUAUGGACCCCGGCGUGGGCCCGAAGAACACUUUCGGCAACGUCCCUCGUUACGUGCAUGGACAACUCCCAGGUCAGCCCCUCGUAUUUCAAAGUGACAUUUGACGCCGACAAUAGAGCCUUGAGGUACAACUUGGACUUGAACUCCGAGAUCUCGGGCAAGGUCAUGGCCCACGUUCAAGUCUUUGCCUACGGUUUCGUCAUCAUCGAAAGAGACAUUGAUAUGUGUGAUAUUGGCUGGAAACAGUUCUGCCCCAUGUACCCUGGGGCGAUGCAGAUCGAGUCUGUCGAGUACAUUGGCAAGAAAGAGGUGGACAUGAUUCCCGGAAUCGCCUACACCGUGCCCGACAUCGAUGCGGUGGUCAAGGUUCUUGUGAGAAAUGCUGAAACGGGCCAGAUAUUGAGUUGCUUGCAGAGUUCCUUCACCAACGGAAAAACUGUGUCUCAGACAGGCAUCAAGUGGGCCACGGCGGUGAUUGCCGGGUUGGGCUUGCUUAUUGCGGCGGUGAUGUCGACGUUUGGCAACUCCAACGCUGCUUCUCACAUCGCCACCAACGCAGUGUCCUUGUUCAUGUAUUUCCAGCUGGUGGUGGUGGUGUCGAUGCAGCACGUGCAAAGAGUGCCUCCUAUCGCCUCUGCCUGGGCAGAAAACUUGGCUUGGUCUAUGGGUUUGAUCAGAACUGACUUCAUGCAGAAGAUCUUUAGAUGGUACGUUCAGUCCACAGGAGGUUCCCCGACUUUGUACUUUAAAAACGUCGACAAGCAAAUUUUGGUGCAACGUGCCCAGGAGAUGGCUUCUCAGAGAUACCAGAGAAGCACAGACAUUUUACCAAGAGAUUUAGAUUUCGCCUUGAAUUCAAACAGAAACUUGCGUGUGCUCAGAGGCAUCAAGAGAAUCGGGUUCAACUCGCACAUCGAGCCUACUUCCAUUGUGGUGACGGGAUUCACGUUCUUUGUGCUUUGUGGUUUCCUUCUCACGGUGAUCUUAUUCUUCUUACGCUCGGGCGCUGUGCUUUUGAUUCGUUACAACGCCAUGAACCCCAACAGAUUCUCUCAUUUGAGAAAGAAUUUCUCGACUAUUUUGAAGGGUGCUUUGUUGAGAUACUUGUACAUUGGCUUCCCGCAAUUGGUGAUCUUGUCUCUUUGGGAAUUCACCGUUCACGACUCUCCCGCGGUAAUUGUCAUUGCUGUGCUCUUCCUAAUCACUGCCUUGGGUAUCAUUGGCUUCUCCUUCUAUCAAACUUGGAGAUACGGUAAGCUCUCCAUCCGGAGACACAAUAACCCUGCUGCUCUUUUGUACGGAGACUCCAAGAUCCUCCACAAGUACGGCUUCUGUUACACCAUGUUUAAUGCGCAAAAGUACUGGUUUGGUGGUGUGAUUAUCGGUUACACCUUGAUCAAGGGCAUUUUCAUUGGGCUUUGCCAGGGCUCAGGCAAAACUUCUACGCUCGUGUUGUUCAUUCUCGAUUUGGCCUACACCAUCUACUUGUUCGUCAUGAAGCCUUACAUGGACAAAAGCACCAACAUUCUUAACUACUGUGUUGCUGUGGUGACCACCGUCAACUCGUUCUUGUUUCUCUUCUUCUCGGAGCUUUUUGGCCAGCCUGCGCAGGUGUCGUCUAUUAUGGGAUGGAUCUUUUUCAUUUUGAAUGCAGCAUUCUCGUUAAUUUUGUUGGUAAUGAUUCUUGUGUUGAUCGGCUUCGCUUUAUUGUCGAGAAACCCAGACUCCAGGUUCGCACCAGCCAAGGACGACAGAACCUCUUUCUUGAGAAAGUCCUCUGUCAAGAGGUCGUCCAGGAACUUGAGAGGCGACGAUAAGGCCAACAACGAGUUGUCCGCAUUAGGUGCUGCUGCCCAGGACCACUCUGAAGACUGGGAGAAUGAAAUGUACCGGUUGAACGAGGCCAGUAACACGUCGGCCUCGUCCAAUGACCACUCUCACGACGACGAGAAGUUCGCUUCUGUCAAUGAGCUUUCAAGUCCCGCUGUGGAAUUGGAGGAACAAGAGGAGGAACCCACUAGUAAGAAGACAGCAGUGGGUAAAUUCAAAGACAAAAUCACCAGAAAACUUUCAAAGAAAGAAGACCGCAAUAUGAGACUCAGCGAUACCAUAAAGGAGGACGAAACUGCGGCGCCUCACCUGGACUCGCUAACACACAUUAACCAGCAUGCUCGAGGCGUGUCCAGCGUCUCUGAGACGGGAUUCUCCGAGUACUCGACCCAACGCCCUACCGAGGGUAAGGAUAUUUUGUAA